AUGCAGCUAAAGCAAGUUAGUACCUAAACAUAAUACAGCAUAUUUUCAUAUUUAAACUACAGAUCAACUUAAUUCGCUCCAAGAAAUAUAUUUUAAGAAUAAACUAUCUUAAAUUUAUUAACUCCACCUCUUCGUUAAUAGUUACUAUUUGAGUCUCAUACUUCUUUUAUACAAAACUCACACUUCUUAUCUGAAAUAUUUUCGCCAUCUUUUAUAUAUAAGCUACCCUCUAUCAUUUAAGAACUUAGAGUUGAUCCUGGAGAAAUUAUUUAUAGAGAUAAUUAUGUUAAUUUAAAUGAUAACAAUUUGUACAUUGUACAGCAAGGAGAAGUAGACAUUUAGUAUUAAUGUGAUUGUCAUAUUUCUUAAGGCUCUUCUAAAUAUUGCAAUUAUUAAAAAAAGAAUAAUGAAAGCAGUGAAUGCUUUUUAGUCACUAAAACUUUAAAGAAAAAUGAUAUGUUAGGAUUUAGCUUGUUUUUUUAUCCUUAUUCUGGUAGAAUUUUGAGAGCUAAAGCAACUACUUUUACUGAAUUACUUUUCAUAAAUUAUAAAUCGUUUAUUGAUUUACUGUAACAAUUUCCUAAUGAUUAUGAAAAGUUUUGCUAUAUUAGAGACGAAAUUACAAUCAAUAAAAAUUAUAGCAUUAUAGGAUAGACAUGCUAUUUUUGUGGAGACGAUAGUCACUUAAUAAGAAAUUGUAAUUAAAUUCAUUACGAAUUAAAUUUUGAACAAAAAAAAAAUAUGUUUUAUCAAAGCAGUUUUCAACUACAAAGAGUUAGUUAUUAGCGCUUACGUAAGAUUAAAAAUAAAAGAAUAAAAUUAAAUGAAGAAGAAAUGAUUAAAUAUUAAAAGUUCAAAAUGAAAAAAUUAAUUGCUCUAAAUCAAUACUCAUACCAUUUCAAGUUGAAUACAUAAAGCUCUAUGUCUGAUUUGGAAGAUCCACUUUUGGAAAGUGAAAUAAAAUAGCUUGAUCAAUCUAAAAAAAAGAUUAAUUAUAAAAGUAAGACUUUAGAUCAGCAAACUUCUAUCAAAGUUGGUGGUAGCUAACCUUCUUCUUAGCAGCAUUUGCAACAUAAACAGGAAUCCCAAUAUAAAAAGUAAAUUAGUUCAGCAUCAUCUUAGUCUAUAAACUUCUAGUAGUUUACAAGCUCAAACCAACAAGCUACUUAAGAUUAAUACUAGUCAGAUUCUUUUAUUGAUGAUCCUUCAUAAUCUGAUAAGUAAGAUGCUUAUUUGCUUCAUUAAAAUAAGUAGAAUUAAGAGUCUAAAAAAGAACUUUAACAGUAAAAUAGUAGUAUAGCAGAUUCAAUGAUUUUAGAAUUAAAACCGUCGAGCUAUAAUAACCUAUUUGAGAGAACAAAAGGGGAAAUGGAUAACAAUAAGAAUUAGAAAAAAAUAUAAAAAAUAAAGCUAUAUCCUCAUAAUUAAAGAUCUUCUUCUUAAAUACCAUCUCAGAUACAAUAAUGCUAGUCACCAUAACUUUAGCAGAAUCACUUGACAAUAAAUUAAACUUCAAAUUUUGAAAAAAGAAAAAACUCUUACUUGCAAUAUGAUUCCAGACAUAGUUUAGAUUCGAACUUGAUGAAAUUACUCUACCCUACAAAUAAGUUUAACGAAAAUGGGACCUAAAUUUACGAUAACAUUUUUACGUAGACUGUUUUGUAGAAUAUGCCUGCUAUAUAAUAAGUAGGCAAUACCAAUACUAUGCAUAAUUUUAAUAAUGCAAUAACAAACCAAACUUGUUAGAGUAACCAAUAGCAUAAUCAACUAAUGGAAGAUUAAAGUGAAUUAGGAGAGUAAACUGGCAGAAAAAUGCCUUCGAUAGCUCUAAAAAUUGGUCAUAACACAGAAUAAAUAAGUUAAGAAUUAUAAUACUAAUAUGAUGAUUGCUCAAUAUGCGACUUUUAGUAUUACUAUCCAUAUUGGAAUCAUGAAUUUGUUAUUGAGCUUAUAAAUUCAAAUUACCUUGCUAAUACUUAAAAUAAUCUUAAUAGAGAUGAUAAUAUCCAUAAUAAAAAAUACUCAAGUUAAGGAAAAAGAAAUUCUAAUAUAAAACAACCCUAGCUUGUGUGUUCAUUUUAUUAACUUCAUUCAAAAAAUAAAAAGAACACAAAAAUAGUUCAAUGCAAUUUAAAAUCAGGUUUUGAACAAAAUCUAGCUAUUAAUGGCUAGUCUAUGUUAGCUAACUAUAAUGAUAUAUCUAAUUUACCACUUUAAUCUAAUUAUUUUAACAUGUCCUUUGAUAUAGGAAAACAGUCAUCUAAUUCAUAAACAAUAAAUUGGGAAAACCCUUAACAAUAAAUGGUGAUAUAAAAUAUUUAAUACCCUCAACCUUAAUAAAUUCAGUACAGCUUUCAUUAUAAGAACUCGCAUUUGAAAAACCAACAUAUUGAGCAGCACAGCUUUAAUCCAAUAUAAAAAAUACCGACUGAUUUUAAACCUAAGAUGAAGGAGUUCCAUGAGGAUCUAGUUGGGAAAAAUAACAACAAUUAAGACAAUAACUAAGAUCAAUAAAGUGAAUUUUUAUCAAACAAUAAUAUUCCAUAUAAUAAUUAAAAAAGUAGAGAACUUAAAUUCGUCGAAUCUCAAUAUUCUUUUAGCAAGCCUUUAGGCCUCAGCAAAGACAGGAGAAAAAGCGAUGCUAAUGCAAUUACAAGUCAUUUUAACAUUAAAAAUAAAACCUUAGAUAAUGGUACAUACGAUGAUAAUUAGUAGGUAGAUCAGGAGACUAAUACAUUUGAUAAUUAAAAGUCAGAUACAGAUUAUUAAUACAUCUAAUCUUUGAAAGAUCAACAAAAUUUAGUUUAUUCUCAUUAUAAUUCUACCAAAAACGAAAAUAUUUAUGAUAGUGACCAGUCCAACAGAUUUAAUACUCCAAACAACUUUACAUUUUAGGUUAGAAGAUAAAAAUCUAACAGCAAUUCCUGA